AUGCCUGUCAGAUACUCAUCUGCUAGAGCAAAAGGCGCAUUGUUCAAUCAUCAAGACGACCUUCCCUCGCUACCGGUGCCUGAACUGGCGGAGACCCUGACCAAGUACAAAAAGUCCAUUCAACCAUACUAUAAAAACGGAGCAAGCGAUCCAGAAUAUUUACGCUAUUGCUCUGUGAUUGACGACUUCGCUAAAACCCAGGGCCCAUAUUUGCAGCAAAAAUUACAACAGUUUGCCAAAGACAAAAGGAAUUGGCUAUCUUAUUGGUGGGAUAACUAUGCCUAUCUUGGCUACAGAGACCCUGUUUCUCCGUUCUCUUCAUAUUUCUUUCAUCAUAGGGAGCUCAACUCCUUGAUUGGAAAAAAUCAGAUUUUGAAGGCGGCAUGUUUGUCUAAAAAGGCUCUUGAGUUCAUGGAAGCAGUUGAGUCUGAGACUUUGGAGCCAGAAACAAUCAAGGGCCAGCCAAUUUGCAUGGAAAGUAUCAAAUGGAUGUUUAACAAUAGCAGAAUUCCUGAACCAAAGCAAGAUACAAAUUUACGGUAUGAUCCAAAAGAAAACCGGUUCAUGGUUGUCAUUUCACGCAACAGAUUCUAUAAACUGGAACAUCAUCGCAAUAACAAGCAGGUCAGCGUCGAAGAACUGAUUUCAAAGUUGGAUGCUAUCAAAACUCAUUCUGAUAGCCUCCCUGAGGUGAAAAGCCCAAUUGGUAUUUUAACAUCCUCAAACAGAGACAUCUGGGCCGAGAAUUACCAGGAAUUGAUGAAAAACCCUAUCAACAGACAAUCGUUGCGGGACAUCCAGUCCGCCUCGUUUGUUCUUUGUCUCGACGAUGAUCUUCCUGUCACUAUCGAAGAAAAAUCAAGAAACGCAUGGCAUGGAAACGGAUCAAAUAGAUGGUUCGACAAGCCAGUCCAGUUCUUUGUGUCCAAAAACGGCAGCUCCGGAUUCUUGGGCGAACAUUCGAAAAUGGAUGGCACUCCAACUCUUCGCAUGAACGACUGGAUUGUGAGUGAGCUUGCAAAAAUGAGCGCACCAAAGCACAUCAGUACAACGGCUGAAGUUGACGAGCUGAGAUUCGAAGUCUCUCCAAAAAUCCAAGCAGCGACUGACAAAGCUAUCAAGAUUUUCAAUGAGACAGUCAACUCCUUGGAUAUCAAGGUCUGGCAGUACCAUGGUCUUGGAAAAUCGCAGAUCAAAUUGCUUAAGGCAUCUCCUGAUGCUUUUAUUCAAAUGUUGAUCCAAUUAGCAUACUAUAAAUACACAGGCCAAGUCAGACCCACUUACGAGUCUGCGUCUACCAGAAAGUAUUUUGGUGGUAGAACUGAAGCCUGGCGUUCGGUAACCAACGAGUCCUUGGAAUUUGUUUCGACUUGGGAAGAUGCUUUUGCCAGUAAAGAGGAAAAGAUCGCGGCAUUCAGAAACGCCAUUUCAUCGCACGUGCACGGAAUCUCAGCAGCAUCAAACGGUCAUGGUGUCGAUAGACAUCUUUUCGGUCUUUCCCAACUAUGCGAUGGAGAAAAGCAUGCUAUUUUCACCGAUCCGAUCUUUUCAUACUCUUCCUAUUGGUAUCUUUCGACUUCCCAAUUGAGCUCUGAACAAUUCAACGGAUAUGGAUGGUCUCCAGUUGUUCCAGAAGGUCUUGGAUUGGCAUACAUGGUCAACAAGGAAUGGCUUCAUGUCAAUGUUACAGUUUUCAAAAACAACCAGAUGGGUCUGGAGGCAGAUAAGAUUGCGUAUUAUCUCGGCGUUGCAGCGAACGAACUGAAAGAAGUUUUGACUAGUGAGACAAUCAAGUCAAAGCUGUGA